AGUCGGAUCUACCUCCAAACAAUUAUGGAUGAAUCCGGGAAGACUUACCCACCACAGGCCCUCCCUGUCCAGUUCCAAACUGCACAGAACUAUCCAGCACAGAGCUAUCCAGCACAGAACUAUCCAGCACCGAGCUACCCAGCACAGAACUAUCCAGCACAGAGCUAUCCAGCACAGAACUAUCCAGCACCGAGCUACCCAGCACAGAACUAUCCAGCACAGAACUAUCCAGCACAGAACUACCCAGCACAGAACUAUCCAGCACAGAACUACCCAGCACAGAACUAUCCAGCGCAGCACUAUCCGUCAGCUCCGCCGCAGCACCUCAAUGUGUUAAAUAUUCCACCCGAUCAAGGUUGCAUGGCCAAUCGAAGGAACCAACCCCAGUCCCAGGCCGUGGGAGCAGCUGGACUCAUAUUCAUUUCUGGUGGCAUGAACAUUGCUUUCAGCGUGGGCAUUCGAUAUAUGGUGGGAUUGUCAGUUCACGUCCGGAUCUGUUGGUUCAUUGGCGCCAUUAUCGGUGCCAUAAUCAGUGGAUUUUUGGCCAAUAGAGUGUCCAAGAAAUACAUUUUACAAUUCUCCUCAAUAUUGGUAACCAUUGGAGGCAUAGUCCUUGCCUGCACUUAUCACAAGGUACCCGCCAUUACGGCAGCACUUUAUUUGGAUGGUAUUGCCAAUGGACUGAUCUUUGCGCCAACACUUGCACUGAUUGGCGAAAUAUCGGUUUGUCAAAAGCGUGGCGGAUUGGCCAUCGGCAUUGAACAGUUGUGCUAUGGUGCGGGAAUUGUUCUUCAAACCAUUUUUGGAACCAUCUGGUGGUGGUAUAGGGACACAGGUUUCUCAUCUCUGCAAUCACAUGGCAUUUUAAGCGCAGUGUUUGGUGGGAUCGCCUUAAUCUUCGCCUCAAUAUUUACCAUCGAGUCACCGGUUAUAAUGCUGGCAAAUGGCGAGGAGCAGGCGGCUAUCCAUGCCUUGCGUCGUCUACAGCGCCCCUCCAUCCUAACGACGGACACAUACCAGCAGCUGGACGAGCACAAGCGCUACCUGGCGCUGAACAAGGAUCUGACGGUCGGUGAAAGUAUAUCUGAGGCCAUACCCGCCUUCGUUCGUCUCGUCACCCUACGCGCUCUGAAUGCCAUGAGUCUUACGAAAUUUGUCGUAGAUGCCAUGUUGAUGGUUACUAUUUUGAGAUUCAAGAAAGCGGUCUGGCCGUAUGCAGUGUUCGGCGUCGGCCGAUUCUUUGGCCAGAUCGUUGCCGUCUUCUGUGUGGACUCUGUGGGUCGCAAGAAGCUCCUACUUGGUGGCUUGCUCCUCGCCAGCGGAAUGGCUUUUGGACUGGGCAGCCAAUUCUCGUACGAGGGACUCCUUCUUUAUCAAUACAAUAGCGUGGAUGUUGUGCUCGCCUUGCUGAUCGUGUUUCAAGCUUUUGCAGGCCUGGCAUUCGCGCCCACAUCUGCCUAUCUGUCGGAGGGCUUUCCUUUGGGCAUCAAGCAGCAUUGCAUCGGCUUUACUUUCAUUAUGGAGAUGCUGGUUUAUGUUAUCAUUUGUGUCUGUGACUGGAGCAUAUCUGGUACUCGGGCAUACUUCUUCGUUGUUGGCGCCUUUUACUUCCUCAGCUUUGUAGCGGGAAUUUGGAGCUUCCCUGAAACUAAGCUAACCCCAUUGCGUGUGGCGCAGGACAAGUUCCGAAGUUUCUUCGCCCCGGGAUUCCAGCCAUAGUUGCAAUUUAAGUUGAGUUGAAGUCCGAUUUUAAAUUAAUAAAAUGUUCAAUGUAAAUUAUAAUCUCACAUUAUGCUAUUACCAUA